AUGUCUUCCAAAAUAAAAUUCUUCUAUAGCAAUUUAACCAGUGUAUAAAAGGGCGAAUGGAGUAAAUUAUAAAAAGCUGCUAUUCCAUUCAUUUUCUUUAUCUUCAAUAAAAAGCUCUACGAAUAAUAAGAAAUGGUUGAACCCAUGUAUAAAAAUUUGAUAAACUUGUCCUAGCUAUUCUGGAGAAUGUUUGCCAUGAACCAAUCUAGAGUCAAUAGAUCUAAGAGCCCAAUAAGUUAUGCUUGCUAAGAAAGAUAAAUUAAAUACAAACUGAUAGAAUUUCUUCAAUGA